AUGUUGGGGCUGUUUUGGCUUCGGAGACAUCGUCGUCAACAUGUCUUGUGGCGACUGUCUGCGGUGCCAUGGGCCGAAGAGCAGGCACAACGACCGUUGGACUGGUUGCCGUCUCCGUGUCCGGAGUGCCGACGCUGGGGCGAGAAGUGGCAGCGGCUGCAUGCCGCGCUUCGCCACAUUGCGAAGCCAGUGGGGGGACCGCCAGAAGCUGAUCGCUGCUGCUCAGCUUCUGGGCGGGCGAGCACGGCUGUGCGGCGCGCAGGUCCAGAAGAUGCGUGUCAAUACUGGCUACACUGCAUAGUAGCACCGCGGGCAGCCAUAGCCUGGGACUGUCGCAAUCUCGCCGCCGAGGCGACCCUGAACGGUUUUGCGCUGGGCGACUUCGCCGCGAGCUGUCUGAAGCGGAGAGACGCGGGACACUAUGCCCAUGCGUGGGGUGUCAAGCUGCAGGAAGUCUUGCUGGACCGCAUGCAGCUGGGCACUUGCACCGUGAUGUCCAUGAAGCUGAACGAGAGCAGGAGAGCAGGAGCAAGCGUGAGGGGAGACUUUGGAACGAGCCAGAAGACACCAUAG